UUUUUUAAUCAUAAAAUUUUACUCUUUCUAAUGGAAACAUCACAGAUACAUUGAAUUUGCCGCAUGCUUAAUUCCUGGCGCCUUUUAUCCUUCAUACGUUACAUACGCUAAUGAUUACGAAAAAUAAUUUAUUGUUAAUUCAAGAUAACACACAUGAACGGCUAUCUAAAUAAAACAGAUUGUGUGUUAAGUAAAGGGGAAAUAUUUUUUUGUCAAAAAUUAAGUAAGCCAAAUAAUUUAAAGAAGUUGUUGACAAAUUAAUGUAUGAAUAUUAUUAGAACGUAGAAAAUAUUCUAUUUCAUCGCUAAAAAGGAUUGUGACAUAAAGUUAUCCCGUUGAUUUCGCAUAAUAUAAAAACAAGAAUUUCUUUGUGAAAUUCUGAUUUGGUAUACCAUAAAAAUAAUGAAAUUCUGCUUUUGAAGUUGCUACAACUGAAGGUGUGGAUAAUUUACACAAUGUUAUGAGAACAUUCUCUGUUUUUGUUCGCUGCACAAAAACAUAAAAAUAAAGAGAUAACACCUAAAUGAUUUAGAUAUAACGCUCACAUGAAAAAUUAAACUGUAAAACGAAAUCUCUAAAAAGAAAAAAGGCGAGAAAAAAUUGAUAAAGAACAAAAUAUCAAAGAAAAUUGGAAGAAUAAGAAAAGAAAAUAUAAACAAGAUUAUAGUGGAAAGUUUUAAAACGGUUAGAAGAGUAAAUGAAAGCUGCAAAAAUGUUACAGAAAAUUAUAUUUGCUUCAUAUCUCAUUACGUUCUUUCCCGUAAAAGCUGAGCAGCCAUUCUGCGAUUUACACACUUUAUUCCCAAUUCAUGACAGAGUUUUUAACAUAAGUAGAGAACACUGCAAAAGUCGUUUUGUUGUUUUAAAGACAACUUCAAACAAUUACAUCCAAUGUGCUGACGAAUGCUUACGGAAGGAGUUUUGUCUCUCCAUUUACUUCAAAAGUAGAACAGACACAGUAGAUGAAAAUAAUUGUUUUGGUUUCAAAGACAAAACAGCUUAUUUACGGCAAUGUCUAAUCGACACUCGUCCUGGUGAAAUUCAGUGUGAUGUACCAAGUGUAGAAAACUUUUCCACACAACUGCAAGGUUGCAGUCGUGGUAACAUAUGAAUGUAUCCUAGGGCAAGCGCUCGAUAAAGCACCAGGAAGAGCCCUCGAUAAAAAGAUGUCAUAUCAAAUACACUUGACGUUGAUAGUUACUUGAUGUAACUACUGAAAUUGAUCUUGCUAGCGCUUAUUUGACGACGUAAUUACCAAACCUUUUUUUUAUUAUUCAUUUUAUUUAUUUUAUUUUUUUUAUAUCGCGACGUUAAAUGUAUCGUUGCAAAUAACACCCAAUGUCCGCAUAAAAAAAUUAUAAUGUGAGCGGGUCAGAGAAAUGCAAGUAAUAAUUAAAUGACGUUUUUGUUAGAACAAGCAGGUAGCUCUUAAAGUUGACAUAUAGAUUUCACUUUUGUUUUGUAUUUAACUUGAGAUCAAAGUUCUUGUGUUUCCGCAUGCACCCCCCUAAAGUAAUAAUAGCUCUAACGUGCAGACGUUUAGUAUUAGUAAUGUUUUUAUGACGGAAAUAUGUAAUUUAUGUAGAUAUAUAUCGUGGAGAUUUUGUAUUGUCUCAAGAUAUGGCUACAUACAAGAGGAAUUUUAAACGUUCGCAAUAAGUCCACAAUAAAAUUUAUGAAAAGAGAUCUUUUAAAAGGCACCAAACUCGAAUUCUCCAAAGCGAGCAAUCCAUAACCAAAUGGGAUACAACGGCUGGCUUUUCAUUUAAUGUAUAUCAUUAGUGGAAACCCAGGAUAUACAAUAAUACCAAGGAAAGUAGGUGAUACACAAGUGCUUUACCACAAAAGUGAACUGGACCUGCCAAAUUAGGUUUGUCUAAGCAAAGGUUAAACACGUAACAGAAAUAUAGAAAUAAGAAACCUUGUUGCUUAAAAUAAAAAUGUAUCGCAUCUGCUAUUUCAUGUUUACACAAGUUUUAUCUCGCGCACAACCGAUUAUUAAUGUAGAGUGUAUCUAGGUAACCCUGCAUUGAACGUUAGAUUGAGCGUUUAAGUGCCGCUAAACCGUGCUGCACAACCUUAUGAAGUCCUCAUAGUAGUGCGCUGUGUAGAAUGCCUAUAGCAGUGCGCUAUAAGACAUAAUGUUCUUUUCAAAAAAUUACUUUCUCGCAAACGUUGAAAUAAAAAGUGGACAGCCUGACGUUACUUCAUACUGCAAAGACUAAGUCAGCAAUUUUAUUUUACGGCAUAAGUUCUGGUGAGUUUUAUUUUCAAAUAAAUAGGCUACUUCCAACUACAAUUUUUUUUUCAAUUUACAUAAGUUGUAUUUAUUUUCGUUACAUGAUAUUUCGUGCUCUGUUACACGGCACCUCAGAUCCUAUCGUAAAAGUUACAACACCUUCCACCCUUCCACAAGUCGAUUAACCAUUAAAGCCGUAA